AGGAUGACUUCAUUGAACUGACAAGAACGAAAUGAAGGCUGUGAAGUACCUGUUAUACUGCAUUGCUGCAGGGAUUAUACUGUGGAUAACAUACCAGCACAGCCCAUCUAUGAGCGACAUUAUUACCUAUCUCCCCGGAAUAGAGCAAACUACGGUUCAGCGGAUACAGCUUGACUCAUCAGACACUAAUCAGAUCAGUAGUAAAACUGUGCUGGAAUCAAACAAAACCUGUACUAAAAAGCAUACCAACUUUUUAUUUGUAAAAACUCAUAAAACAGGGACUUCGACUACAGUCAAUAUUUUGUAUCAUUUUGGGAUAAUUCAUGGGUUAAACUAUGCUGUCUAUCCUUAUUCUCAUCAGCUACAUCUCAUUAGACCUGAAAAGUUAAUGCGGCUAGCAUCUAAUGAGACCUACAACAUCAUGUGCCAACAUAUGGUAUUUGAUAAGAGAGCUGUGGAAUCCGUUAUGCCUCAUGAUUCCUAUUAUUUCUCCUUGAUAAGGAGCCCCUUAAAGGCCUUUGUGUCUUUCUAUAUUUUCUACAAUAAUGAUCACAGAAUGCAGACUGAUGCUGGCAGCCCGAUAACACUUGAUGAAUCUAUAAAUAGAUUUCUUGACCUGAAGUAUGAGGAAUCCAAUCGAGAAGAAAAGAUGGGAAGCUACCUCAUUGCAAAUAAUCUAAACUCUAUGAGCUACGAUCUUGGAAUGUCUCAGGGAAGUACGAUGAUUAUAACUGACGACACUAUCAAUAACUAUAUAAAAAUGCUGGACGACCGUUUUGAUUUGCUGAUGACCCUCGAGCAUCUUGACGAGUCACUACUUCUUCUUCAAAGGACCGUGUGGAGGACUCAUUGAUAUUUAUUAUCUUAACCGUAUGGUGUCCAAAUCUAACAGAUCUCACGAAAUUCUCUCUGAUUCUACUAAAGUUCGUCUAACACAAGUGUUGACUCCUGAUGUUAAACUCUACAAUCAUUUUAGUGCUAAACUUCUAAAAAGAUUAGAUAACAUGCCCCCUGAGUUUAAAGAUAAGCUCGUCAAGUUUAAGGAGGCUAAAUCAAAGUUUGAAUCAGAUUGUAUGAUCAUGGACCGUUUAGUACCAGCUCCCUACCACUCCCAACAGCACCCUCUAACUGAGAAGGGGCAAAGUUCGCUACAUUGUCAAGUGCUAGCUGAUAAGGAUGUCGGCUUGACAAAGUUUAUAAGUCGACUACAAGAUCCAGACCAUGCUUCAAGACCUAAAACGGACUCCUAUGGUUACAUCAGUAGAUAUCGAAAUUUGGAAACAUAUCCCAGACAGUGGAAAUUACAAUUAUAAUGUCCCUUAAGUGAUUAAGACCAUUAAGGGGGUAUACACCAAAACAAGGGUUUGUGUCGGCCAACCCAAAUGACCUAACAGGAAGUUCAGUGACCGAUUCCAAUCCAAAAAUUGAUUUCGAGAACACUCAUUUCUGUAAUCGACCAUUUCCUGGUCAAAGUGCAUUUUUUCAAAGUCAAAAAGCUGAAAUUGGCCAAUUUUGGUGUAUACCCCCUUAAGUGUUUGUUGACAGUUUAACUAGUUUAUUAAAUUCUAUUUUGAAAGUUCUAACCAUUUUUUGUAUAAUCAAUCACAUGAAUUUGAACGAUUGCCAGCAUUAAUGUUGUAAUGUAUAAACCGAUAUAAGCAUGGAGAAUCAAGUGUCAUGAACAAACAUUGAAGAUAUAUGUGUUAGGUAUUGAACCUAUUGAACCUAUUGAUGUAUUAUGUUAAUUAAGACGAGCGUUGUUAUGGACUAUUCAGUAUUGCCACUGUAUGACUAUUUAUUUGACAAUUUUUA